AUGCUGGAAGGAUCACUUCCCGUUCCACCACCAUCCAUCGGGAUUUAUAAUGUCGCAUACAACAAACUGACGGGGAAGAUUCCACUACUGAUAUGCAAUGCAAGUUCUCUUAGUGUCCUGGAUUUAUCUUAUAACAAUCUGAGUGGCAUCAUUCCUCAAUGCUUGGGCAAUUUUUCUGAUCAUCUGAAAUUAUUGAAUUUUGGAAACAAUAAACUGCGGGGGCCCAUUCCUCAAGCAUACAAGAAUGGAACCCAACUGAGGAUGAUCAACUUGAGUCAAAACCAAUUGCAAGGGCCAGUGCCAAAUUCAUUGGUCAAUUGCUCACUUCUAGAGAGUCUUGAUGUUGGGAACAAUCACAUCAAUGAUAUAUUUCCCUUUUGGCUUGGAACACUUCCCGAAUUGAAGGUUCUCAUUUUGCGAUUCAAUAGAUUCCAUGGUUCAAUACUAAACCCCAACUCUAGCUUUGCUUUCCCUAAAUUGCAAAUUCUUGACCUCUCUCACAAUGGUUUCACCGGUAAGUUACCUUCCGGUUACUUCCACACAUGGACAGCUAUGAAAACUAUCGAUGAUGUUAAUCAAUCGAAGUACAUCUGGAAAGAGAACUAUGGUUUUGAAAAUUACAGUACUUACGCAAUCACACUGACAAACAAAGGUGUGCCAACAGUGUAUGUGUAUAUCCUAACCAUCUUCAUUGCCAUUGAUCUCUCAAGUAACCGAUUUGAAGGAGAGAUUCCGGAUUCUAUUGGGAUGCUUAAGUGUCUUCACAUGCUCCGCCUUUCCAACAAAAAUCUCACUAGUCACAUUCCAUCAUCCUUGGGGAAUCUAAUGCAGCUUGAAUCAUUAGACAUUUCUCAAAAUAAGCUCACGGGAGAGAUUCCCCAGCAGCUAACCCAAAUCACGUUCCUUGCAUUCUUCAAUGUCUCUAAUAAUCAUCUCACAGGACCUAUACCAUGA